CCGCCGGGGAAAAGGCUCAUAUGAGUGCGCCUCCGCUGAUCCGUGCGCCCAGCCCGCUCCCGUUCUCAGGGGGGACAAACAACACUAGCACCGGCGCCGGGGGAGGAGGAGGAGGUGGCGUUGGUGGCGAUGUGAUCUCCUUCCACAUCCAGAUCGGUUUGAGCCGGGAGCCGGUACUGCUGGACGCCGCAGAUCUCAGCCUCAGUCAAGUCCGGGAGGUGGCGUGCUCCAUCGUGGACCAGAAGAUACCCGAGUGUGUUUUCUAUGGGAUGUAUGAGAAGAUCCUGCUGUUUCGUCAUGACCAGACAUCAGAGAACGUGCUGCAGCUGCUGCGCUCUGCCUCUCAGAUCCAGGAGGGAGACCUGGUGGAGGCCGUGCUGUCAGCUUCAGCCACAGUGGAAGACUUCCAGAUCCGUCCACACUGUCUGUUUGUUCACUCGUAUCGAGCUCCAGCCUUCUGCGACCACUGUGGAGAGAUGCUGUGGGGACUCGUACGACAGGGGCUCAAAUGUGAAGGCUGUGGUCUAAAUUAUCACAAGCGUUGUGCCUUUAAGAUCCCCAAUAACUGCAGCGGAGUGAGGAGGCGACGCUCGUCGAACGUCUCCCUGACGGGGGGGCUGGUAAACGUGGGCCGCCCCCUGUCUGCUGAGCCCUCACCGCCCCACUACACCGAUGAUGCUUUGCUGUCUCCAGUCAGUCCCAGCAUGGAGCAGAAGAACCAAUUAGAUUACUUCCCUGGCAGAGAGCGGCGCUCUAGCUCCCAGUCGUAUGUCGGCCGUCCCAUUGAACUGGACAAGAUCUUGCUGUCGAAGGUCAAAGUUCCUCACACCUUUGUGAUCCACUCGUACACCCGGCCCACCGUCUGCCAGCACUGCAAAAAGCUGCUGAAAGGCCUCUUCAGACAGGGCCUGCAGUGUAAAGAUUGUAAAUUUAACUGUCAUAAACGAUGUGCUCCAAAAGUGCCAAACAACUGCCUGGGAGAAGUUUCGAAAAAUGGAGAGCUGCUGAGCCCGGGGGCGGAGUCAGAUGUCGUCAUGGUCGAGGGUUGCCUAGAUGACCAUGAUCUCGACAGAGGUGGCGGCCUGUUGGACGACAUGGAUGAAGCGCUGUCUUCAGAGGGUGGUCUACUGCUCGAGGCGGGGACCGGCGACCUCUGCGACCUGCACGACCCUGACCUGGACGAGUCCAACCGGGCCAUCAGCCCAUCCACCAGUAAUAACAUCCCUCUGAUGCGAGUCGUUCAGUCUGUGAAACACACAAAGAGGAAGAGCAGCAGCGUGAUGAAGGAGGGCUGGAUGGUUCACUACACCAGCAAGGACACUCUGAGGAAGAGACAUUACUGGCGCCUGGACAGUAAAUGCAUCACGCUGUUUCAGAACGACACAGGAAGUAAAUACUAUAAGGAGAUCCCUUUGUCAGAGAUCUUAUCUCUGGAACCGGCACAGACCUUCUCUCUGCUUCCUGAUGGAGCCAAUAUUCACUGCUUUGAGAUCGCCACAGCGUCACUGGUUUACUACGUCGGAGAGAACCUGCAGAGAGCUGACUCAUCUGUGACUGGCAGCAGCAUUCUGGUCAGCGGGGUGGGGCAGGAUGUAGCUCGGAUGUGGGAGAUGGCCAUCCAGCACGCUCUGAUGCCGGCUGUCUCUACAGGAGUUUCCCACGGCUCUCACCGCGGCGGACACAAGGAAAUUUCCAUCAGCAUUUCUGUCUCCAACUGCCAAAUCCAGGAGAAUGUGGAUAUCAAUUCUGUGUAUCAGAUCUUCCCAGACGAGGUUCUCGGCUCAGGACAGUUUGGCAUCGUCUAUGGAGGUAAACACAGGAAGUCUGGCCGAGACGUCGCCAUCAAGAUCAUUGACAAACUCCGCUUCCCCACCAAACAGGAGAGUCAGCUGCGCAACGAGGUGGCCAUCCUGCAGAGUUUGCACCACCCGGGCGUGGUCAACCUGGACUGCAUGUUUGAGACGCCGGAGAGAGUGUUCGUAGUCAUGGAGAAGCUCCACGGAGACAUGCUGGAGAUGAUCCUGUCCAGUGAGAAAGGACGACUGCCUGAGAGGGUCACCAAGUUCCUGGUCACACAGAUCCUGGUGGCUUUGCGUCACCUCCACUUCAAGAACAUUGUCCACUGUGAUCUCAAACCUGAAAACGUCCUGCUGGCAUCUGCAGACUCAUUUCCACAGGUGAAGCUGUGUGACUUUGGGUUCGCUCGGAUUAUCGGCGAGAAGUCGUUCAGGCGUUCGGUGGUCGGUACACCGGCUUACCUCGCUCCCGAGGUCCUGAGGAACAAAGGCUACAACCGCUCUCUGGACAUGUGGUCGGUGGGAGUCAUUAUCUACGUCAGUCUCAGUGGGACGUUCCCUUUUAAUGAAGAUGAGGACAUCAACGAUCAGAUCCAAAAUGCUGCCUUCAUGUACCCUCCACAUCCCUGGAAGAAAGUUUCCCAGGAAGCGAUUGACCUGAUUAACAACCUGCUACAAGUUAAGAUGAGGAAGAGGUACAGUGUUGACAAGACCCUCAGUCACCCCUGGUUACAGGACUACCAGAUGUGGCUGGACCUGAGGAACCUGGAGUCCCGGAUGAACGAGCGCUACAUCACCCACGAGAGCGACGACCUGCGCUGGCAUCACCACGCCCAGCUCAGCGGGCUGGACUACCCCACGCACCUCUGCAACGGCCCCCGUGGCAACAACGGACAGGGAAUGGAGCGUUAUCAGGAGCAGGAGGAGGAGCUGGAGACCCUCAGUGAGAGGGUCAGUGAACUCUGAAGACGGGGCCACAUGUGAAGAGAUUCAUCUCCGACGUGAGACAAGAAACAGCAACUGCGACAAAAUGAAAGAAAGCACAACAUUUAAACAAGUGAGGAGACAUUUUAAAGAGCUGUUAAAUGCAAACUUUUACUAAAAUAACUUACAAAGCGUCAUUAAAAUACCAGUUUAAAUUUUCACAGCCCAUUAAACCAAAUAAGGGUCGUUGUUUAGGAUAUAUGGGAGUUUAAGCUGUGAACCUUUUCUAUGAAGGUGCAUUGCAUUCACUAAAGGAAAAUAAAAAUCUCAUACUUUUGACUUAACAUCUCCUAAUUACUUGGUCUAUAUCUCAUUAUUAUGAUGAAAAUAUCCCUGCAAGUUAGCUUCAGCUAGAAGCCUUGCAAGAUUUGUGAUUGUAACUUUUUUAAUCUGAAUUAAUAGUUUUCAUAGUUAUUUCGUUCCGUACUUACAAAGUGCUUGUUAUGUAAAGGCCUUAUUUUAUAUAUUUUUACAACAGGAUCUUUUCAUUACUGCAUUUCAUAAGUACGAGAUCCUUGUUUUGUAGUUUCAAAGUAAGGAUUUAUACAUAUUUUAUCUCAUGAUUAUGAGAUCGUUGUUUUACAAAAUACCAGAUAAGGAUUUAGUGAUUAUGUUAUCUUUGUUUCAUUUUUGUUAUUGUAAUUGAUUUCUCUAUUUUUGUUGAUUAUUACAAAUGAAAAAACAAUGUUUUGCCCCUGUUGUCCCUUAUAAACAAGUAAAUAGUGAUGUAUGAUCAUAUCUUAUAAUUACAAAGUAUCUCCUAAUUACAAGAUAUGGAUUUUGUGAUUAAGAGAUAGUGAUCUUGUAAUUUCAAGUCAUAAUUUUAAGAUAAUACAAGCACUGAUAAGAUAAUUGCUAGAUCUAAACCUCAUAAUCAGUUCCAUAUAUUGUUAUUACAAGACAAGGAUCCAUAAUUUCUGGAUAUUGAUCUUGCGAGUAUGUAUACAGAUCUCCUAAGUCUGAAAUGCAUAAUUACAGAAUUAAAACGACAUUUUUUCUUUGGUGAUUGCAAUGCACGCUCAUAGUUUUCAGCCUUGACCCAGAGUUAUUUAUCAGAAAGGCUAAAAACUUCUUUUAGACAAUCAGAAAAAUCAAGCUGCUACAGAAACUUAGCCUUUGAUUUACAUUCGUCCAAAACACGAAACUUCCCAGUUUGUGCCUCUCUUUUAAUAAUCACUUUUUCUAUAUAUAACACUUUGCACUGAUGAUUACGGUCAAGUUAUGGAAAUAAGCCACAGCUUUAAAUUGAAUUAAUCUUGAAACAGAGAGGCAGAUCACUAUCCAAAUUUUAGUUACUCUCUCUUAGCCACAGAACAUUUUAUUACAACUUUCUUUUAGAUUUGACCUCGUGUAAAAUAAAUUGCUUGUUCAAUAAAAUAAUUUAUACAUUAAUCAACAGCUCUAAACCGGCAACAAAACUAAGAAAAGCGUCAUCUUCGCUUUGCAUCUUCAUCUAUGACAGAAAGGGGUUUUUUUUGCAUGUACUGUGUAAUUAUUUAAAACUAUAAAUGUCUUCUAUAAGAUUUAAACUCUAGUGAGGACAGUUGAUGUGUUUUAUUUUGUAGGGUAGCAAUGAAAUGUCAGGGCUUUUAUUCCAAAAGGACAUAUCCAAAAGUUCAAGUUAAUCACACGAAAAAAAACGACUGCAUUCAUGAAAAACAAUUCACUAUGAUGAUAAAGUACUGUAUGUUUCAGGUAUCCUUUAUUUCCUGAAAAUGGAUUUGUAGCAUUUUGGAAUGAAAAUCCUCAAUCGCUCAAAAAACAGUGCCAACAAAUACCAAAAAAGAGAUAAAUAUUUUCGUUUGUCAGUAUUUUCAGGUUCUGUUUUUCUGAACACUGUAACCACAGGUAUCCAACACUGACAGAAAUGUUUAGAUGUUUUUGCAUCACUUGGGUUUUAAUUAUUUUUUAAAUCUUUGUGAGAUUUUAAGUUCACAAAUCAUUUAAGGCUGUCUGGACCACAGGGAGGCAACAGUAGCAGCUCCCCUUUUAGUGGAUGUUGCCAACUGUGGUUUAAAAACAAAAUGGCCGCCUGUCAGUCAGUCUGAAGGCCAUUGAACAUUCAAGUCUUUUUUUUUCUGAGAAAACAGUUACUAACAUAUAUUUUUAAAACAAAGCAAGUAAAACUUGCCUGUGUUUUCAAAAAAUAGCAUCGUGU